GGCAUGGGAGUUGGCGGGGUCCUGGUGGCCGAGCGCCAGCUGGCGACCGUGAUGACCUCGUUAUCCUGGGACGCGCGGGGGCGCAGGGCGGCCGGCGUCGCUUACUCCUGGCCUCGCCACCCGGAACUGAGGCGGACGGCGUGGGAGGCCCGAAGUCCGCCUCACCUCGCCGCCCGGAGGUGGCGGGGACUGCGAACGGCGCGUGCUCGAUGGGGGAGCUGUUGGCCCCGUCGGUCGGAUAAGUUUCGAGCCCUGGGGAGCCGUUCGCGAGCGAGGGGACCAGGCCCGCCUGAGGGCCGCGGGUUCUGCGCGGGGAAGCCGGGUGCACCCAGGGGCCCGGGACGCUGGAGAAAGGGGCCCCCGUGCCUGGCCCGGUUGAAGGGAGGAGGGCGGCGCGGAGGAAGAGCGGUCUUUGCCGGGCCCGGGAGGAGUCGGAGCAUGGUGUGUUGUGGGAACUGAGGGACGGCGGCGUCCGACACCCAGCCCAGGUGAGAGGUGGAUUGCUGGGCCGACGGGGCGGAUCAUGACCAAUCCUAGAGCCUUGUGGUCGCGGAGCCGUAAAAAGUUUUUAGCAGGAAUAAAAUGGAAGGAGAGUCAAACAGAUUUGAGAUUCAUACUCCAGUUUUUGACAAGAAGAACAAAAAGUACUUUGCAUAUAAGGAAAGACCCCAGAAACAUGCCCAUGAAAGUUUCAGAAUCUCCUCUCUGGAAGGUGACCAGCUUCAAAUAACUAAGAGUAAGAAGAAAAAAGAUUUCCAGCUUCUAAUUUCUUCUCCUUUGAAAAAACCAGAAAUCUGUGAUCAGACUGAAAAGGCUACUUCUACAAACAAGAAGAAGAAAAAGAGGAGAAAGAGUGCUCUGGGGGUAGACCCGGAAACAGGGGUUGCUUAUGUCCUCGUGGAUAAAGAAAACAUUGAGAACACGCCCAAGAACUUGGGGAGAGACGUGGAUGUCGUCUAUGUAGAUAUCAGCAGAGAGCAAAACUCAGCAGAAGGGUGUGUGGUGGGUGAGCACACGGCCACUGAGUCUCCUAAAGGUGGGCCAGAGGAGCCGUGGAGCGGAGCCAGGGGGAGAAAGAGUCGGAGCCAGCCGGGGGGAGUUGCAGCACCCCAGGGCCCUCAAGGGAGCAUUGUCCUGCCCCAGCCGGAGUCACGGGCGCAGCCACCCUUGUUUUCUCUGAGCCUUGAAGGGGAAAUCUCAGAACCACCAAUGUCCACUGGUAAAAAGAAGUCUAAGAAAAAAAAGAGGAAAAGGUCCAGCGUGCAGGAGUGGGAAGCCUCAGCGGAGCCUGGGGAUCUAGCUCACCAUCCCUCUGAAGAACCUCAGAUGGCCAUUGAAGCAGAGGCUGGAGAAGGCAGUGACACACUAAAGAGGGUGAGAAGGUCCAGUGCUGUGAAGAAGGCCAAGAGGAGGAGACAUGUCUCCGCGGAAAGCCCUGUGGAGUCUGGUGGUUCUUCAGCACUGGAUGAAAACUCUGGGAACACGCGCUCUGGUUCACUGGAGGGCGAAAGCACCAUGAUGGAAGAAAGGGUAACAGUCCGGUCCCUAGAGGGGAGAGCCCAGGCCGCGCAGGGGGAGAAGCAGGUGCCAGAGGCGCAGAGGUUAAACCCUGCAGUUGAGGAAGAGCAUGGCUUGGCAUUGCCUGGGGAUUCCACGGCAAGAUGUUUAUCUGAAGAGCAGAGAGAGUCUGGUGACUCAGAUGUGGACUUGGAUUCCGCUGUGAGGCAGCUCCAGGAGUUCAUUCCUGACAUAAAGGACAGGGCUGCCACUACCAUCAAGCGGAUGUACCGUGACGACUUGGGACGGUUUAAAGAAUUUAAAGCUCAGGGUAUUGCUAUUAGAUUUGGCAAAUUUUCUGCAAAGGAAAAUAAGCAGAUAGAGAAAAAUGUGCAAGAAUUUCUGUCUCUGACAGGAAUUGAAAAUGCAGACAAGCUGCUAUACACAGACAGAUACCCAGAGGAGAAGUCUGCCAUUACUGAAUUGAAAAGAAAGCAUGCGUUUAGGGUGCACAUUGGUAAGGGCAUUGCUCGGCCCUGGAAACUCGUAUACUAUCGAGCAAAGAAGAUGUUCGAUGUCAAUAAUUACAAAGGCAGGUAUAGCCAAGGAGAUACGGAGAAGUUGAAGGCAUACCAUUCCCUCCACGGGAACGACUGGAAAAAGAUUGGAGCCAUGGUGGCCCGAAGCAGCCUCUCGGUUGCCCUGAAGUUCUCCCAGAUCAGCAGUCAAAGAAAUCAUGGUGCUUGGAAUAAGACGGAAACACAGAGGCUCAUCAAGGCUGUUGAAGAGGUGAUUUUAAAGAAAAUGUCUCCCCAGGAGAUGGAAGAGAUGGAUUCACAGCUCCAAGAGAAUCCUGAAGGUCGCCUGUCAAUCGUCCGGGAAAAACUCUACAAGGGCAUAUCCUGGGUGGAAGUGGAAGCUAAAGUGGAAACCAGAAAUUGGAUGCAGUGCAAAAGUAAGUGGACGGAAAUUCUGACCAAGAGGAUGACUAAUGGUGGGUUUGUGUAUCGUGGAGUGAAUGCGCUGCAGGCCAAAAUCAACCUUAUUGAAAGGUUAUAUGAAAUAAAUGUGGAAGACGCCAAUGAAAUAGAUUGGGAAGAUCUUGCUAGUGCCAUAGGCGAUGUGCCUCCAUCUUAUGUUCAAACUAAGUUUUAUAAGUUGAAGGCGGCCUGUGUUCCCUUUUGGCAGAGAAAGACGUUUCCAGAGAUCAUCGACUACCUUUACAAGACUAGUCUACCUGUGCUUAAAGAAAAGUUAAAAAAGAAGAUGGCGAGAAAAGGGACCAGAAUCCAGACUCCCACAGCACCGAAGCAGGUUUUCCUAUUUAGAGAUAUCUUUCAUUCUGAAGACGAUAGUGAAGGAGAAGACACAGAAGAACAAAGUUAAGCAGAGGGCUCAGGUGCAGUUCGUUCCUGGUGCAGAAAGGCGAGAGGUGGAUGUGUGGAUCUUCUCUUCCUCCAACUGGUGUGUGUCACUGCUUGCACACCCCGUCUGCCUGGACUCUAGUGUCUGUGAAUGGUACUCCUCAUAUCAGCUGUCCUCUGAAAGCUGGUUACUGCGUUCAUGUGGUGUCCAGCUGAACAAAAAGAGGAGCAGCAGUUUCUUCUGUCGUUGUUUGAAAGCCUGGCUCUGAGGCUUGUCGGAAGCCUCAGGACAACUCCUGCUGGGUUUUCAAGGGUAAUUUUAGCGGCAGGCUUUUCUGUCAUUCAGGAAAGCAAAACAGAGAAUUUGUUGGGCUUUAGGUUACAAAGGUUGUUAAAUGGAAUGAAGGAGUCAGCAUGGGGUGGGGGGGCGUUGGAUUAUCCAGAGUUUGGGACUAUACAGGUAGCUGUUGUAGCCCCUGCAUGGGGCACUGAUGCCUCUUUGCCUCCCAGCACCUCCAUGAACCCCUGGCUGUCCACUGCUGCUGCCCUCAUGGCAGCCUGUGCACAUGUCCCUUCGCCAACAUGUACCUCUAUAGGAACAUGUGUCUCCACGCUAUAUAAGGGCUUCUGCCUCCUCCUGCCUUCUAGUCUCCGAGUGCCUUGUGUGGGCCGCCCCGUAGCAGAACCCUGCAACAAGGGCAUCUGGGCCACCUGUACAGGAGAAGAAAGUGGCUAAACGUGGGCUGUCAGUGCCGAGUGUGGCUCCACUGUGUCCUCAGGGCUGAGUGGUUCACACAAUACUUGUCAGGUAAGCACUGUGCCACUGAGCCACACCCCAUCAGAAUAUGCAGAGAAUUUGGGGUGUGUGUUGCUGGGGAUCUAGCCCAGGGCCUGUGGAUGCCAGACAUGUGCUACAGCACUGUGUGCAGCACCCCUGACUGGUUACUAGGCUACAGUGCCCUGCCUGUGCCCAGACCUGCCACCUGGGGAGACGGAAGAGGGGUGAGAGUCUUAUUCACCACUGUAUCCCCAGCACCUGUCACAGUGUCAUGCAAAAAAUGGACACACAAUAAAUAUAAACUAAAUGAAUAUUGUCUUAGUGAGAAUCUCUCCUGUGGUCAGCUCCUAUCCCUAGACAUGCCAGUCUCCAUGCUGAUGGGACAAUAAAUGCUGUAUUCCUUUUGGAGGACAAUUUGGUAAGACUCAUCAGAGCCUGAAGAAUGUACAUGUUCUAUGACCAUCAAUUUUUAAGAAUUUGUCCUGUAAUAUUUGUAAUAGGAAACUUGUUAAAUUAUGGUAUAUCCCUAGAAUAUUGCACAGUGUUUAGAAAUGAUAAUAACAGGUUUGAUUGAUGUGAAAUAUUUCAGAAGAGUAUAUAUAUAUAUAUAUUUUCUCAAUUUUGUAAAAGUAAAAAAAUUAAGGAAAUUGUGUAUGUAGAAGCAUUAAAGUGAAUGAAAUGAACCCAAGAUGUUGAUGUCAACACUGGUUCUCUCUGGGCAGCGGGAUUGUGAGUUUGUAACACAGAACUCUUUGACGUGCUGGGGUUUGAGCCCAGGUCCUGGGACGUGCCUGACAAGUGCUCUCCCUGAUUCACAGGCACAGUCCUAGUCUAGAACUCUUGACUGCAUCUGCAGCAAGACAGACUCACACAGCCCUCUGUGUCUUGGACUCAGCAUUAGUUCAGCUCCUCUGGUCUCCAGAGAUGUGGUUCCCAGCUGAUUCUCCACUGUCCCUCUGCAAAGUCUGUUUUAUCUGAGUCCACACAUACAGUCCCUCAGCCCCCAAGACAGGCUCUCAUAGCCUCACUUCAGUCUUCCCUCCGUCAACCCAGAAGAGAAAAGAGAUUGUCUUCCUCUUCCUGCUGAGGCCCUGGUGUUGUUCCGUGACCCACAGAGCACAUGCCCGGCUGAGUGCUCACUGUAACCUGGAAGAUGGGACUGGCUCCAGCCCGUGGGCCCAACUCAAGCUGCGAUCUAGCUGAGUUGGUAAAUCCCCCAGUGGAAUGUCUCAUGGGUUCUGUGAGCAGACAAACGGGUGAAUGGACUUUGAGGAAGCGACCCACAACUGUGUGUGUGACAGUGGGUGAUUACUUGAACUAUAAAUUUUACCCAGUGACUG